CUGCGCUUACUUUCACUUUCUAAUCAUUACAUUAUCGUAUAUUUUUUUUUUUAACUACUCAACAAUUUUCAGGUCGGCGAUCGACGACGACGAUGGCCUCUCCUCCGCCGUUCACCGUCGAAUCUCACCGGUUUUCUCGUCGGACUCUUUUCUCAACUAACCCUAAAUCUUCUCCCCUAUAAUCUCUCCGAAUAUCUCGCUUCCUUGUCUGAACGAACAUCUAUCUCUACUUUCUCACACUGGGUUUUCCUGAUUCUCUUGAGAUCUGAAGCGAGUUACUCAAUCGAUUAAGAUUUCGACCAGCUGGAGUGUUUCCUAACUCGAAUCUGAGUGGUUCUGUUGGAGUUUCCUCGACUGGAUAGUGGGCUCCAUGUAUGAAGUGUUAGAACUUUGAGUUUAAUACUUGAUCUGGAUUGACUACUGCCCUUGGGUCUGAUCGUUAUUUGUUGUAUGUGUUAAAUUUGAGUGGAGAGAUUGAGAACUUUGAUUUGGGUCUUCAUGGAUCAAAAAUUUGAGGAGGCUGUUAGAGCAAAAGAGAAUGCAGAGAGACGAUUUGUUGAAAAAGAUUACAUGGGUGCAAAGAGUUAUGCAUUGAAGGCCCAAAUGAUUUGUCCUGAAUUGGAGGGUAUUGCUCAAAUGGUGGCUACUUUUGAAGUGUAUAUUGCCUCAGAGAUCAAACUUAAUGGGGAAAGUGAUUUCUAUUCAAUCCUUGGUUUAGAACCAUGUUUAGAAAGAACUAAGGUGAAGAAACAGUAUAGAAAGAUGUCUGUUUUGCUUCAUCCUGAUAAGAAUAAAACUAUUGGAGCUGAUGGGGCAUUCAAACUUAUCUCCGAAGCAUGGACUCUUUUGUCUGAUAACAAAAAGCGAGCUUCGUAUAAUAUCCGAAGAAACCAGGUAGUUUCAUCUCAGCUCUUGCAGACAGCAAAUACCCAUCAAAGACACGAUACAUUUUGGACAGUUUGCACGUCUUGUCAAGUUCAGUACGAGUAUUUACGAAAAUACCUUAACAAAAGACUAUCCUGCAAGAACUGCCGUGGUGUUUUCGUUGCUGUUGAGACAGGACUUGCCCCAAUUGCCGGUUCUUACCCUUAUUGUGCCUGGUCAUGUGAUAAUAACGUAUAUAACUCUGUUUCAUAUCCUCCCACCACGAACAACAACAUCCAUUCUGGGUAUGGAUCAGAUUACAGUUCUAAUGUAUCGUUUCAGUGGAGUUCAAAUCCCGGGUCUUCUUCUCAAACGAAUGGGAAUCUCAAUCAACCAAGAUCGGAUGAGCCUGCAAAUCUUAAGGUUGGAAAAAAAAUGAAGGUUGAAAUGGAAGGAGCUUCUAGAAAUGUUGAAAUAACGCCUAAUGGGAAUGGAAAUCCACGAAAUAAUAUUUACAAGAUGACAACUCCUAUCGAGAUUCCCAGUAGGCAAUUUUCUCAAGCUCCUUUCGAUGCGAGGAAAUUUUUAAUGGGAUUUGCGCGAACAGAAAUCCAUAAGAAGCUAGAAGAGAUGAAACCAAAGGGAACCCAACUUUGCGGUUUUCAAUUUGAGUCGAAAGAAUUAAUUGUUCCCGAUCCAGACUUUCACGAUUUCGAUAAGGACAGGACAGAGGACUGUUUCAAGCCGAAGCAAAUAUGGGCUAUAUACGAUGAAGAUGGGAUGCCACGUUUAUAUUGUCUGAUCCGUCAUGUUAUUUCUGUUAAACCGUUCAAAAUGCACAUAAGUUACUUGAGCUCGAAAACUGAUAGUGAAUUCGGGAGUGUAAAUUGGAUAAGUUCGGGUUUCACGAAAUCCUGCGGUGGUUUUAGGGCUUGGAAUGCCGACGUUAUUGACCAAGUCAACAUCUUCUCACAUCUUCUCGACAAGGAAAAGGCUGGACGCGGCGGUUGUGUCAGAAUCUACCCACGAAUCGGGACUGUCUGGGCGAUCUACAGGAAUUGGUCGCCUGAUUGGAACAGAAGGACGCCGAUUGAAUUGAGACGUCAAUAUGAGAUGGUGGAGAUUCUCGACGAUUAUUCUGAGGAACUUGGAGUUUGUGUUGCACCUGUAAUGAAAUUAGACGGGUUCAAGACUGUUUAUGUGAGGAAUUCGGAUAAAAUCUCGAUUCGAUGGAUUUCGAGGAGAGAGAUGCUGCGGUUUUCGCAUCAGGUACCUUCUUGGCCUCUUAGGGAUGAAGGGUUUGCUCAUUUACCUGAUAAUUGUUGGGAUCUGGAUCCUGCUGCAACACCUGAUGAACUUCUUCAAGUUGAAAACGAUAAGAAUAGUGAGGAGGAGGAGAAGCCGUUUCAGGUUGAUAACUUGAAGUAAUCGUGUAGAAUAUGUACACAAUUAGAUGAAAGGAUCUGAAGCUGACUGGUGGGCAUUGACGACGAUAAAGAAAGCUUCUUCUAUCUGUGAUUCUGAUAUGGGGAUUUGUAUUCCGAAGAAAGCGAGGUGAGCAGAUUUGUCUUUGAGACAGGUUAGUAAACUGGUAAUUGGUAGUUAUAAUGCUCUAAUUCUAUUGACCUGAGAAACAAAGAAUUUCAAAUUAUUGUCAAGAGUUAUAAUCUCGAAACAUUUAUGACAUUUUUUCUUCUUCUCAAAUUUUCAUGUAAGAAUUGAAGGGAUCUUCCUUCCUAGUGUCUUUUAAACUAAUUUGAUAGAUGAUAUUGAUUUC